AAGAAAAAAGAAAAGAAGGAAGAAGAUAAUAAGGAAGAAAAUAAACCUGAAGUACAAAACAACGAAGAAGCUGCAAAGGAUGAAACCACAAAAACAUAUGGUGUUAUUAAAAAAAUAGGUAAAUCCAAAACUAUUGAUCCUUUAUUACUUGAACAAUUUAAACAAGGAAGAGUCUUGGCAUGUAUUAGUAGCAGACCAGGUCAAUGUGGUAAAGCAGAUGGUUAUAUUAUUGAAGGAGAUGAAUUAUUAUUCUACAAACGUAAAAUGGAUAAAAAAAAGAGAAACUAA